AUGAGCAAGUACGUGCCGCCUGGACGACGCCGGCAGAGCGAGUCAAGUGCGGCUGUCGGUGAAAAGCUAGACGACCAUUUGCUAUCCUUGGAAGACAUCCGCAACUACUUCUGGCCGGUCGACAACGAUGCGCAGCCAGGCAGAUUCGCUCAAGGUCUCAGAGGCACGCUGAAUGAUUCCGCCGCGACUCCUGGUCGGCCGAGCUACAUCGUGCUGUUCGCCGGUGCAAAUCCAAGAUGGGAUGAUGACCAUAUCAUCUUCACCAAAUCGAGUCUCGACCUUUUGCCAGCUCCGAAUGACAUGGAGGGCAGUGCGGAAGGCAGCGCAGAGCCCGAAGCAGUUGACGACUCGAAGGACGAGAAGAAUGCCGCCGCACCGAUCGCAGUAUUCAAACAGGGCCGUGGUCCGCAAGUUGCCCGUGUGUACGAGUUCGAUGGCUGGUACCAGAUUGAGCGCGUACAACUUCUCGAGCCGAAGUCACCGGAGCUAGUGCGAAUGCUCGAGCAGAAGUGGUCCUUCACGGACUCGAGAGGCAACGUUCGACAGAAGCAACGCGAUGCUAUCAAGUGGAAUGAGAGCUUGGGCAUGCGCUGGGCAGUGCUGAAACUCCGCAAGGAUGAAGCCACCGAGAAGGAGCGCGGUAAGCGAUGUCCAGUGCUGAAGAAUCCAAAAGCCGUGCUGACCGUGAUGUCCAUCGCUCUAGGCACUCCAAAGAUCGAGAAGGUCCCGGACACGGAAGCCGACCAGCAUCAGCCUGGCAAGAAGAGUGUGAACGAAAUGUUAGCAGAGAUGAGGAUGGAUGAUGAGAGUGGCAAGGAAGCUGUCGAGGCGAGUACGACAUGA